UUAACGACGAACGUCAUGCCCGAACCAGCGAAGUCCGCCCCAAAGAAGGGAUCUAAGAAAGCCGUGACCAAGACGACUGGUAAAGGAGGCAAGAAGCGCAGAAAGACCAGGAAGGAGAGUUAUGCUAUCUACGUGUACAAAGUCUUGAAGCAGGUCCACCCCGACACCGGUAUCUCUUCUAAGGCUAUGGGGAUCAUGAAUUCCUUUGUGAAUGAUAUCUUCGAGCGCAUCGCUGGUGAGGCUUCUCGUCUUGCUCACUACAACAAGCGUUCGACCAUCACCUCCAGAGAGAUCCAGACGGCCGUGCGUCUGCUGCUUCCCGGUGAGCUGGCCAAACACGCCGUAUCUGAGGGUACGAAGGCCGUCACCAAGUACACCAGCUCCAAGUAAAGCGUCAUAGUGCAACUUGACUAACCCAAAGGCUCUUUUAAGAGCCACCCACGUUUUCACCAAAGACAUUUUCCAUCGUGUGUGAGUGCAUGUACGGUAAAACGAGAAAAGGAAAGGAGUUGUAGCUGAAGUAGCGCUUGUGUUCUUGUGCGCUGUGCCGUCGUCUUUCUUCCCCUUUCCCGCGCGUUUUAUUAAUUUUAUUUUCGUAUGCUUUAUUCGGCCGUAUGUAGCUUGUAAUUUAAAUGAAACUUUGUCGUCUUGUAUUAACAAUUUCAUCUUUAUGGAAGUGCUUAAUAUGUGUAAUUGGCUCUGAUGUAGCCUACAAGCAUGUCGAGUCACCAUGGCAACUAUUGUUGUAAUCUUCAUUACCCACAUUGACAUUUCCUGUUACAUUUUAUUAGUAGCUAUUAAUAUUCUUUUCACAUGUUUUGUCUUGUUUGCAGUAGAUGAAGCCUAGUCAUCUGCUGAGAAGGGUUAAGAGAGCCUUUGGGUUAGUCAAGUCGCACUAUGACGCUUUACUUGGAACUGGUGUACUUGGUGACGGCCUUUGUACCCUCAGAUA